AUGAAGCCAGGACACUUGGCAGUGGCAGGACUUGUCAUGAGGCUAGGACAGUUGGGAGUAGCAGGAUUUGUGCGGCUAGGACAGAAGCACAGGAGGAACAGGCUUGACACAAUACCAUACCAGGAAAUUCUUACCAUUGUUUUUGCAACUGAAGAAAUAAACAGCGGGGAAAUUUUAGUUCCCAAUUAUAACUGCAACAUGAAAAUGAAACUGCCUGCCAUUAUUGCAGAGGAAUAUUCAUCAGCAACAGCUUCAGUUGCAAGAGUGUUGGGCAUCUAUAGGUUUCCACAGGUCAGCCAUGGUGCUGGACUUCCAUUGCUUAGUGACAAGGUCCAGUUUCCAUCAUUUGUUCGCACUGUUGUGAAUACCUACUCACAGCCUUUAGGUCAUGCUGAAUUUACUAAACACUUUGGCUGGACCUGGGUAGGAAUAAUUUACGGAGAUAAUGAUUUUAGUGUUCAAGGAAGUCAGCAACUGAAGGAAGCAUUACGUAAGGCUCAUGUCUGUGUGGCAUUUUAUGAAGUCCUUCCAACAGACCUUACAAAGAAAAGAAUUCUUUCUCUUGUGGAAACAAUCACACAGUCAUCAGCCACUGUUGUCAUAAUUUAUGCCUAUGCACCAGAGGUAGCUCUCCUUAUGGAAGAAAUAACUGUACAAAACAUAUCAGGAAAAGUUUGGAUAGCACCUACAAGUUGGAUAACUGAUUCUAUUCUUUCAAAAAAAGAACUCUGGAAGACAUUAAAUGGCACAAUUGGAUUGACUUCACAAAGUGGAGAAAUUCCAGGAUUUAAAGACUUCCUUUCCCAUAUUCAUCCUUCAAAAUAUCCGCAUGAUAUUUAUAUGAAAGCAUUCUGGGAGGCUGCAUUCCACUGCAGGUGGAAAAACAAUGAAACUGUUAGACUCAUAGAAACAGAUGACAAAAUGCCAGAUAUAACAUUCUGUACUGGAAAAGAGAAACUGGAUACACUGGAGCAGACUCUUUUCCAUUAUCUUAAAAAAGUUAACUUUCGAAACAAAGCUGCUCAAGAAAUAUAUUUUGAUGCAAAUGGUGAUGUGCCUGUCAUCUUUGAUAUCAUUAAUUGGCAACUAACUUCAAAAGAAUCCAUGAAAAGUGUAAUUGUUGGGAGAUAUAAAAUCUCUUAUGAUGGAAGUCAAAUACUCAUAAUAAAUGAAAGUGCCAUCACCUGGAGUGGAGGGUAUUUACAACUUCCUUUUUCUAGGUGCAGUAACAGUUGUUCACCUGGCUAUCGAAAAGCUCCAAUACGAGGACUGCCCAUUUGCUGUUAUGAUUGUGUAUCAUGCUCUGAUGGAGAAAUUGCAAAUGAAACAGAUGCCACAGACUGCAUAAGAUGCUUAGAAGAUUCAUGGCCUGGUGAACAAAGGAUAACCUGUCUUCCAAAGCUUGUGGAGUACCUGUCAUAUAAUGAUCCCCUUGGUGUGACACUGACCAGUGUCACCAUUUUACUUUCUGCCAUUCCUUGCUCUAUCUUACUAAUAUUUAUUUUAUAUCGGGAUACCCCAAUUGUGAGAGCAAACAACCGGAACCUCAGUUACUGCCUCCUGGUAGCUCUUACUUUCUGCUUCCUCUGUUCCUUGAUUUUCAUUGGAAAACCAAGUCAUAUGGGUUGUUUGCUUAGACAAUCUGCAUUUGGCACACUAUUUUCUGCUUGUGUUUCUACCAUCCUGGCUAAAACAAUCACAGUUCUCAUUGCAUUUAAUGCAACAAAGCCAGGUGGUUUCCAAACAAAACUGAUGGGAUUCAAAACACCGUAUGUUAUUGGGGUUUUCUGUUCAAUUCUGCAGGUCGGUAUUUGCACUGUUUGGCUUAAAAGCUCAUCACCAUUCCCAGAGAAAAACAAGACCACUUACAAGGACAAAAUAAUCAUAGAAUGCAAUGAAGGAUCGAUUGUAAUGUUUUACUGCAUGCUUGGAUACCUUGGACUACUAGCCAUUGUGUGUUUUGUAGUUGCUUUUUUAGUUAGAAAACUACCAGACAGAUAUAAUGAGGCCAAAUUUAUCACUUUUAGCAUGAUCAUCUUUGUUAGUGUUUGGCUAUCAUUUGUUCCAGCGUAUCUCAGUACUAAAGGGAAAUAUGUUGUCGCAGUAGAGAUAUUUGCAAUCAUAUCUUCAGGAUUUGGAUUACUGAGUUGUAUUUUCUUCCCAAAGUGCUUUAUUAUUCUACUGAGGCCAGAUAUGAAUACUGUACUAAGGAAAAUGUAA